AUGAUGAACAUUGCAGUUGACCAUGACCAAGGGACCAAGUGGGACUGGCCACUCCAAAAAGGAGAUGGAGUUGUUAAUGUCCUCGACGACGAUGAUCACUUCGAAGUGGGUCUCGAAGCCCAUCACUUCCUUCCAAAGGAAAUCGAAGUGAAGAAUAUUGGAGAACUUUUGGAGAUCCAUAUGGAACACGUUGUGAAGAAGGACAACUUUGGAGACGUCUCCCGUAAUAUCACUCGUUGCUACAGACUUCCCAAAAAUGUCGACAUGAAGACCAUCAAGAGCAACUUGGACUCCAAUGGAAUCCUUCAUAUUCAUGGAAGAAAAAUGCAUUAG